GGGGGGCGCUGACCCGGAUGUUCACUCCUGGGCACCCGGGGAAGUGGAAGCGCCGGGCCCUGCUGCGGGGGGAGAGCCACAGACGCCGGGACCGGGACCGCUGCCGCCGCCGCCACCAUGAGUGAUCAGCAGCUGGACUGUGCCUUGGACUUGAUGAGGCGCCUGCCUCCCCAGCAAAUCGAGAAAAACCUCAGCGACCUGAUCGACUUGGUGCCCAGUCUGUGCGAAGAUCUCCUGUCUUCUGUUGACCAGCCCCUGAAAAUCGCCAGGGACAAGGUGGUGGGAAAGGAUUACCUUUUGUGUGACUACAACAGAGAUGGGGACUCCUAUAGAUCACCGUGGAGUAACAAGUAUGACCCUCCCUUGGAAGAUGGGGCCAUGCCGUCUGCUCGGCUGAGGAAGCUGGAGGUGGAAGCCAACAACGCCUUUGACCAGUACCGAGACCUGUACUUUGAAGGUGGCGUCUCAUCUGUCUACCUCUGGGAUCUGGAUCAUGGUUUUGCUGGAGUGAUCCUCAUAAAGAAGGCUGGAGAUGGAUCCAAGAAGAUCAAGGGCUGCUGGGAUUCCAUCCAUGUGGUGGAAGUGCAGGAGAAAUCCAGUGGCCGCACCGCCCACUACAAGCUGACCUCCACGGUGAUGCUGUGGCUGCAGACCAACAAGUCCGGCUCUGGCACCAUGAACCUCGGAGGCAGCCUCACCAGACAGAUGGAGAAAGAUGAAACCGUGAGCGACUGCUCCCCACACAUAGCCAAUAUCGGGCGCCUGGUCGAGGACAUGGAAAAUAAAAUCAGAAGUACGCUGAAUGAGAUCUACUUUGGAAAGACAAAGGACAUUGUCAACGGGCUGAGAUCUGUUGACGUUAUCCCCGACAACCCCAAGUUUCAGCAGUUGCAGCGGGAACUUUCCCAAGUGCUGACCCAGCGCCAGAUCCACAUCCAGCCUGAUAAUUAAGCCGAUCCAGGUCUGUGCAGACUUUUGCAGACAAAUCAAAACAAGAAGCUCUUAAGAACGAUCUGGUGGAGGCUUUGAAGAGAAAGCAGCAAUGUUAAGCCCCGCUUCACGCUCACCGGGCACCGUGCGCGCGUAGAGUUCUUUCUUAGGAAACUCGUUUUCUGCUCCCUGCCCUCGUCCCUGCCCUCCCGAGAGGUCACGUAACAACUCGCAUCACGACGCACCGCGCCGCUCUCCCGAGAAUAAAGCCCAACAAACGCCCGUCUCCGUCUGCGCCUACUUCCCACCACAUUUUGCUAUCAAAACUCGGUAUUUCCAUAGAGACCGUGUGCUUUUCAUUUGCCCCAGCCCCCGCCUCCUCCCCACCCCCAUUUAUAGACGUGAAGUACACUGUCUGCCUCCCCUCCACUCCCACCUUUUUGUUACAUUGGUGUAAAAAAUGUAAAACAAAAAAAUUUUAUGAAGUAACUGUGGUGUGAAAGAAAGAAGCAAAACUGGAAAUCUGAUUCCACGUGUGUUUGGGAGUUGCUUGGGUUGGGGCAAGGGGACAGGGCAGCCCCACGAGCAAGGAGAGGUGUUCGCAGCAUCCUGCACAGACUGGCCCUGUCCCAUGUGGGGCGGGGUGGGAGGGGUGGGGCCUGCUGACCUCUGCUCUUCUGGCCAGGUGCUUUUCUGUCGAUUUUUAUGGAAUGCAAAGGAAUUUUUGUUUUAUUUUGUUUUUUUGUAAAGCUUAAAAAAUCUACAUCUUAUACUUGAGCUUCCAUACUUAAAAAAAGGAGAAAAAAAACAAAAAAAAAAAAAAUAAAAAGAAACUGGGACACAG